CCGACCGACAGACUGACUGACCAAGCUCCUCCAACCUCCCGCAAGUUCUAGCCAAAUGUGGAUGUAAACUAGCUACCAAUACAAGCUCAAUAAUUCCCCUGGCGAGGGAGAAGCAGAAGGUGGAGCCGGCACCAAGGGCAGAAGGAUACCCAAGGAGAGCGCACACUCAAUAAUAAUCCAUCCAGGCAGAUGCACUAGGACAGCAGGGUUUUAGGAGGAGCAAGCAGGAGCAGGAGCAGGAGCAGGAGUCAGAGUCCGAGAGCCGUGAACCAAGCCAUGAUGCCCAGUCGCGUCAAGCUGAAAUGCGGACGGAGGAGCAGUACCGGGCAGAGGAGGAGCCACCAAUACCACCAUAGUAGUAGUAGUGGGAACAUCACUUGGAACACUGCCAGCAGCCAACAGCAACAACAACAACAGCACAAUAGCAAUAGCCACAGCCACACACGAUCCUCCGCGUCCGUUUCCAUCACCCCCCAAUCCCCGCCACCCUUUACGCUCAAUGCCAAUGCCCUGCUCCUUGUGCUGGGCCUGCUCGGUGUCCUGAUCCUGGACAGCUGCCAUGGCCUCCGGCUGACCAAUGGUGGCGGCAGCCUGAGCAAAAGCGCUGCGGCCAACAAAGAGCAACUGAACAUUGGCCUCAUAGCGCCGCACACGAACUUCGGAAAACGGGAGUAUCUGCGGAGCAUUAAUAAUGCCGUCACCGGACUCACCAAGACGCGCGGUGCCAAGCUGACCUUCCUCAAGGACUACUCCUUCGAGCAGAAGAAUAUCCACUUUGAUAUGAUGUCGCUGACGCCGAGUCCGACAGCCAUCUUGAGCACCUUGUGCAAGGAAUUCCUGCGCGUCAAUGUCUCCGCCAUCCUGUACAUGAUGAACAACGAACAGUUUGGCCAUAGCACCGCCUCUGCCCAGUACUUCCUCCAGCUGGCCGGUUACCUGGGCAUACCGGUGAUCUCCUGGAAUGCCGACAACUCUGGGCUAGAACGUCGCGCAUCCCAGUCAACGCUGCAGCUCCAGCUGGCGCCGAGCAUUGAGCACCAAAGCGCCGCCAUGUUGAGCAUUUUGGAGCGCUACAAGUGGCAUCAGUUUUCGGUGGUCACCUCCCAGAUAGCGGGUCACGAUGACUUUGUCCAGGCUGUGCGAGAGCGUGUGGCCGAGAUGCAGGAGCACUUCAAGUUCACCAUUCUCAACUCGAUAGUGGUCACGCGGACGAGCGAUCUGAUGGAGCUGGUGAAUAGCGAGGCGCGGGUAAUGCUGCUCUAUGCCACCCAGACGGAGGCCAUUACCAUCCUAAGAGCCGCCGAGGAGAUGAAGCUAACGGGGGAGAACUACGUGUGGGUGGUGAGUCAGUCGGUGAUCGAGAAGAAGGAUGCCCACUCUCAAUUUCCGGUGGGAAUGCUGGGCGUACACUUUGACACCUCGAGUGCGGCCUUGAUGAAUGAGAUUUCGAAUGCCAUCAAGAUCUAUAGCUAUGGCGUGGAGGCUUAUCUGACGGAUCCGGCCAAUAGGGAUAGACGCCUGACCACCCAGUCGUUGUCCUGCGAGGACGAGGGUCGCGGUCGCUGGGAUAAUGGUGAAAUCUUCUUUAAGUACUUGCGCAAUGUGUCCAUCGAGGGUGACCUGAACAAGCCCAACAUAGAGUUCACGGCCGAUGGGGAUCUUCGCUCCGCUGAGCUCAAGAUCAUGAAUCUCCGGCCGAGUGCCAACAACAAGAAUCUUGUGUGGGAGGAGAUUGGAGUGUGGAAAUCUUGGGAGACCCAAAAGCUGGACAUUCGCGACAUUGCCUGGCCCGGCAACUCGCAUGCCCCGCCCCAGGGCGUGCCGGAAAAGUUCCAUUUGAAGAUAACAUUCCUCGAAGAGGCACCCUAUAUCAAUCUGUCGCCCGCGGAUCCGGUGAGUGGCAAGUGCCUGAUGGAUCGCGGCGUGUUGUGCCGCGUGGCCGCUGACCAUGAGAUGGCCGCCGAUAUUGAUGUGGGCCAGGCACACCGCAACGAGUCCUUUUACCAAUGCUGCAGCGGCUUCUGCAUCGAUCUGCUGGAGAAGUUCGCCGAGGAGCUGGGCUUCACCUAUGAGCUGGUGCGGGUCGAAGAUGGUAAAUGGGGUACCCUCGAGAAUGGCAAGUGGAACGGCCUGAUCGCCGAUUUGGUUAAUCGCAAAACGGACAUGGUGCUCACCUCGCUGAUGAUUAACACGGAACGCGAGGCGGUUGUGGAUUUCUCAGAGCCCUUUAUGGAGACUGGCAUAGCCAUUGUGGUGGCCAAGAGGACGGGUAUUAUCUCACCCACCGCCUUCCUGGAGCCCUUUGAUACCGCCUCCUGGAUGCUGGUGGGCAUUGUGGCCAUCCAGGCAGCCACCUUUAUGAUCUUCCUGUUCGAAUGGCUUUCGCCCAGUGGCUAUGACAUGAAGCUGUAUCUCCAGAACACCAACGUCACACCGUAUCGGUUCUCCCUGUUCCGCACCUACUGGCUGGUGUGGGCCGUCCUCUUCCAGGCCGCCGUCCAUGUGGACUCGCCGCGCGGCUUCACCUCGCGGUUUAUGACCAACGUUUGGGCCCUCUUUGCCGUGGUCUUUUUGGCCAUCUACACUGCCAACCUGGCCGCGUUCAUGAUAACCAGGGAGGAGUUCCACGAGUUCAGCGGCCUCAAUGACAGCCGCCUGGUGCAUCCCUUCUCCCACAAGCCCUCCUUCAAGUUCGGCACCAUCCCCUACAGCCACACGGACUCCACCAUCCACAAGUACUUCAAUGUCAUGCACAACUACAUGCGACAGUACAACAAGACCAGUGUGGCCGAUGGAGUGGCCGCCGUGCUCAAUGGCAAUCUGGACUCCUUCAUCUACGAUGGCACUGUUCUGGAUUAUCUGGUGGCCCAGGACGAGGACUGCCGCCUCAUGACCGUCGGCAGCUGGUAUGCCAUGACCGGCUAUGGACUCGCCUUCAGCCGCAACUCCAAGUACGUGCAGAUGUUCAACAAGCGCCUGCUCGAGUUCCGGGCCAAUGGGGAUCUGGAGCGACUCCGUCGCUACUGGAUGACGGGCACUUGCCGACCCGGGAAGCAGGAGCACAAAUCCUCGGAUCCUUUGGCCCUAGAGCAGUUCCUCUCCGCUUUCCUCCUGCUGAUGGCGGGCAUCCUGCUGGCGGCCCUGCUGCUCCUCCUGGAGCAUGUCUACUUCAAGUACAUACGAAAGCGUUUGGCCAAGAAGGAUGGCGGCCAUUGUUGCGCUUUGAUAUCGCUGUCGAUGGGCAAGUCGCUGACCUUCCGCGGAGCGGUGUACGAGGCCACCGAGAUCCUGAAGAAGCAUCGCUGCAACGAUCCCAUUUGCGACACGCACUUGUGGAAGGUGAAGCACGAGCUGGACAUGUCAAGGCUGAGGGUGCGGCAGUUGGAAAAGGUGAUGGACAAGCAUGGGAUCAAGGCGCCGCAAUUGAGGCUGGCCUCCUCCUCGGACCUGCUGAACCAUCAUCAUCUCAAGGAGCGGCCGCCUUUGCUGGGCAACCUGAGUCUCGCCGCCAGCGCCCAAGAUCUAUACAGGUCGUACAAGACGGAAAUCGCCGAAAUGGAGACGGUGCUGUGAAGUGGAAGUGGAACGAACUGCAGGACCCAUCCUAGGACGAGUGCGUCUAAUCAAAAUCAACGUUUCAAAUAAAAUGUAAACUGAAAGCUUUCGAAAAGUAAGAGAAAUGGAUACAAGAUAGCGAGUUAGCGAGAGGGCGAGUUAGCAAGUUAGCGAGUUAGCAGGAGAGCGAGUUAGCGACAAAGAGAGAUAGAGAGAGAACCCAAAGCGCCUCACACGAAAAACGUCGACGAGAAACCGCAGCCAUGAAACCCAAAGAUUGUAUAAAGUUAAACUAAAUGUAAAACAGUAACAACAGUAAACACCUAAACUUAACUUAAAAUGGAGAAAGGAACAACCCAAGCAGCCGCCGUACGAGUAAUUCAUAAAAUAAGUUUUAAAGCAGAUCGAGAGCGAGAGCCUAGGGAUCGAGAUAGAGAGAAGCGAGAGAUCAACCGUUACACUUUUGGCGAUUGAACUGUUAAACGUUAACAAGAAAAGGAAAAGCGAGAGGAGAAAAGAGGAACGAAACGAAGAGUAUAAUCAGUCCCAACCGGAAAUGAAAAGCAGGAGGAUGCUGUAUGUGUAUGUAAUCCGUUUGAUUGUUUGUAAUCGUUGUUUUGUUUGUUGUCUUUUUUUGGAUAGUAAUAUUUACGAAAAAAAAACAAAACAAAAACAAAAAAAAUCAUACCCAAACGAGGGACGCGCAGGCUGCCACGCCCAUUAUAAAAUAUACACAUUAACAGAUUUAUAUGUAUUUACCUUGCUAUAUGAUUACGACGAUAUAAAUGU